AUGCAGAGGUGGUCCACAAGGUGGAAAACGAAAAGGAGGCUUAUGGAUUCCUUUGUAACUGCAUUUGUUACGUUAACCCUGCUUCUACAGACGACCAAUGUCUCGGCAGCAGAGCCAGUGGACGUGUUAAAAGUAUUAGAAUUUCAAAAUUACCCAGAAGGAGUGACAAAAACAACAGGAUUUUGCACAAACCGAAGAGCAUCGAAGCCGGACGCUGCUUACAGAGUUGGCAAGCAGGUCCAGAUCAGUGCCCCCACCACUCAGCUAUUUCCUGAAGGUGUUUUCCCUGAGGACUUCUCCAUCCUGACUACAGUGCGCCCCAAGUCUGGCCUCCAGUCCUUCCUGCUGUCUAUUUACAACGAGCAGGGGGUCCAGCAGCUGGGGAUUGAAGUCGGACGCUCACCUGUCUUCCUGUAUGAGGAUCAGAACGGCAAGCCAGCUCCGGAAGACUACCCUCUAUUCCGUACACUGAACCUCGCUGAUGGAAAAUGGCAUCGCGUUGCCAUUAGUGUGGAGAAAAAGACAGUCACCAUCAUUGUGGAUUGCAAGAAGAAGAUCACCAAGCCUCUCCUGAGAAAUGAACAGACCUCCAUCAGCACGGAUGGCAUUACUGUAUUUGGCACCAGGAUCCUUGAUGAGGAGUUUUUCCAGGGUGACAUCCAGCAACUUCUGAUUGUAGCUGAUUCCAAAGCAGCAUAUGACUACUGUGAACAUUACAGCCCGGACUGUGACACCCCCCAUGGUGAAUCCCUGCAGGCCCAGCAGGCUCAGGAAGAGUACACUACUGAUGAUAUAGAAUACUCUCAGUUCUAUGAUUAUGCUGAGGGAGCCACUGACAUCGGUCCUACUGAUGAUGAGUAUUCUGAGCCGAAGGUAAAUGAAAAAUGUAAAACAAAUUGGUCGAGAUGUUCUUUUUCCUUUGUGUUAACCCUUGCUUUAUUCUUCUUUCCUUUUUCCAACAUGACUCAGCUAAACAAUGUAGAAGGAGAUUACAAUACAGGCAUUGACUACGGAACUGUAGAUGAUUCUCAGACUCAGUCCCCCUUUGCCACGCUUGGACCCAGUGAGGCCCCUCCUGUUGCUCUGGAACCUGCCGUUGUCCCAGAAACAGCGGGAAAUGUGGACACUGGUGUGGAAGCAUAUGACUUGAAGGAAUAUGAUGACCUAAAGGAAUAUGACUUGGGAGAGGUUGACAGCAGGUUGUAUGAUUAUGGGACAUAUGAUGAGUAUGGCCCUACCCCCUCGAAGCCUACCGGUGCCCAUGAAGAGGAAGUGGGGCCCGGGGUGGCUGCUGAAACUGACGUUUCUGAAAGUGCCGUCGCUGGAGCUGGAGGAGCUUUUGGCCAAAAGGGAGAGAAGGGCGAGCCAGCUGUGAUUGAACCUGGGAUGCUGAUUGAAGGACCACCAGGACCCCCAGGCCCAGCUGGUCUUCCUGGUCCCUCAGGCCUACAAGGACCCCCUGGUGCUGCUGGAGAUUCUGGUGACAGAGGUCCUCCUGGUCGUCCUGGUUUGCCCGGUGCUGAUGGCCUGCCAGGGCCCCCUGGUACCAUGCUCAUGCUUCCGUUCCGCUUCGGUGGUGAUGGUGAGAAGGGUCCAGUGGUGUCAGCCCAAGAAGCCCAAGCUCAAGCCAUUCUUUCUCAGGCUAGACUCGCAAUGAGAGGACCCCCAGGGCCAAUGGGUUUGACAGGAAGAUCAGGGCCAGUGGGUCUCCCUGGUUCUACUGGGCUGAAAGGUGAAAGUGGAGAUCACGGGCCUCAGGGACCCCGAGGUGUCCAAGGGCCACCAGGACAAACAGGAAAACCUGGCAAACGGGGCCGUGCAGGAGCUGACGGUGCACGUGGGAUGCCCGGAGAGCCAGGCAGCAAGGGUGAUCGAGGCUUUGACGGACUCCCCGGAUUGCCUGGUGAAAAAGGACACAGGGGUGAGCCAGGACCAAUUGGACCCCCCGGUUCUCCUGGAGAGGAUGGCCAGAGAGGCGAGGAUGGAGAGAUCGGGCCCAGAGGGUUGGCUGGCGAGAGUGGUCCAAGAGGUCUGCUAGGACCCCGCGGUUCCCCUGGACCACCUGGCUCACCUGGUGUUGCUGGAGUUGAUGGGCCUCCAGGUCCAAAAGGAAACAUGGGACCACAAGGAGAGCCUGGACCACCAGGCCAACAGGGAGUUUCAGGCACACAGGGUCUUCCAGGUCCACAAGGCCCUAUUGGACCUCCUGGUGAAAAAGGACCUCAGGGCAGGUCAGGGUUGCCUGGACUACCUGGUGCCGAUGGACCUCCUGGUCACCCCGGAAAGGAGGGUCCAGCUGGAGAGAAAGGAGCCCAGGGUCCAGUGGGUCCACAGGGUCCAAUUGGCUAUCCUGGGCCUCGUGGUGUCAAGGGUGCUGAUGGCGUGAGGGGGUUGAAAGGCUCAAAGGGCGAAAAGGGUGAAGACGGUUUUCCAGGUUUCAAAGGGGACAUGGGAAUCAAAGGAGAUCGGGGUGAAGUUGGCAUGCUUGGGGCCCGUGGAGAAGAUGGUCCAGAGGGUCCUAAGGGAAGAGCUGGCCCCAACGGAGAGUCAGGUCCCAUAGGUCCUGCUGGAGAAAAGGGUAAACUGGGAGUUCCAGGAUUGCCAGGAUAUCCAGGAAGACAAGGACCUAAGGGCUCAAGUGGCUUCCCUGGAUUCCCGGGAGCCAAUGGAGAGAAAGGUGCCAGGGGUGUUGCAGGCAAACCUGGACCGAGAGGACAAAGAGGUCCAACGGGUCCUCGUGGGGCUCGAGGAGCCAGAGGCCCAACAGGAAAGCCAGGACCUAAGGGUACAUCAGGCAAUGACGGUCCUCCAGGCCCACCUGGUGAGAGAGGACCACAAGGACCUCAGGGGCCUGUGGGCUUCCCUGGACCAAAAGGCCCUCCUGGACCACCUGGAAAGGAUGGGCUGCCUGGACAUCCAGGCCAGCGUGGUGAGACGGGUUUCCAAGGAAAAACUGGUCCACCAGGCCCAGGAGGUGUUGUCGGGCCCCAGGGACCCACUGGAGAAACUGGUCCUGUAGGUGAAAGAGGCCACCCUGGACCUCCUGGUCCACCAGGAGAACAGGGUCUACCUGGAGCUGCUGGCAAAGAAGGAGCAAAGGGAGACCCCGGACCUCAGGGUACUUCCGGAAAGGAUGGGCCCCCCGGCCUCAGAGGUUUCCCAGGCGAGAGAGGUCUACCUGGUGCCACGGGUCCAGCAGGUCUGAAGGGAGGCGAGGGUCCUCAGGGUCCACCUGGUCCUGUUGGUUCUCCUGGUGAGAGAGGUCCUGCUGGCUCAGCCGGUCCAAUUGGUCUGUCUGGUCGACCUGGCCCACAAGGUCCCCCAGGUCCUGCUGGAGAGAAAGGUGCACCUGGUGAGAAAGGUCCUCAAGGUCCAGCUGGUCGUGAUGGUGUUCAGGGUCCUGUGGGUCUGCCUGGACCUGCCGGACCCCAGGGUCCACCUGGAGAGGAUGGUGAUAAGGGAGAGGUUGGAGAACCGGGCCAGAAAGGAAGCAAAGCCGAUAAGGGAGAACAGGGUCCUCCCGGACCAGCAGGUCUUCAAGGUCCCAUUGGUGCGCCAGGUCCUGCUGGAGCCGAUGGAGAGCCUGGGCCCAGGGGUCAACAGGGUAUGUUUGGACAGAAGGGUGAUGAAGGAGCCAGAGGUUUCCCUGGACCACCAGGUCCCAUCGGUUUGCAGGGGCUGCCAGGACCUCCUGGUGAGAAGGGAGAGAACGGUGAUGUUGGUCCCAUGGGUCCUCCUGGCCCACCUGGUCCUCGAGGUCCUCAGGGUCCGAGUGGUGCUGAUGGUUCACAAGGUCCUCCAGGCGGUGUUGGUCCAGUGGGUUCAGUAGGAGAGAAGGGUGAACAAGGUGAGGCUGGAAACCCUGGACCACCUGGAGAGCCUGGCACUGGGGGACCCAAAGGGGAGAGAGGAGAGAAAGGUGAAGCAGGACCUCCUGGUGCUGCCGGACCUGCUGGCGCCAAAGGACCCCCUGGAGAUGAUGGUCCAAAGGGGAAUCCUGGUCCUGUUGGAUUCCCCGGAGACACUGGUCCUCCUGGAGAGCCCGGUGUUGCUGGCACAGACGGAGAACCAGGAGAGAAGGGAGAGGAUGGUGAAACUGGACAAGCAGGACCUCCAGGUCCAUCAGGGGAAGCUGGCCCGCCUGGACCUCCUGGCAAAAGAGGACCUCCGGGAGCUGCUGGUGCUGAAGGCAGACAAGGGGAGAAGGGCGCCAAGGGAGAGGCUGGGUCUGAAGGUCCAGCUGGUAAAACAGGACCAGUUGGGCCUCAAGGACCUGCCGGAAAACCUGGUCCAGAGGGUCUACGUGGAAUCCCUGGCCCUGUAGGUGAGCAAGGACUCCCCGGUGCCUCAGGACAAGAUGGCCCACCUGGACCUAUGGGUCCUCCUGGACUUCCUGGUCUGAAAGGUGACCCAGGUUCCAAGGGUGAAAAGGGACAUCCAGGUUUGAUCGGUUUGAUCGGACCUCCUGGUGAACAAGGAGAGAAGGGAGACCGAGGUUUGCCUGGACCACAAGGGUCAUCUGGCAACAAAGGAGAUGGUGGUAUCAGUGGAUCAGCAGGUCCUCUCGGGCCCCCUGGCCCCCCUGGCUUACCUGGUCCUCAAGGUCCAAAAGGAGCUAAGGGUUCAUCGGGUCCAGCUGGUGCCAAAGGAGACACGGGUGCCAUUGGUCCACCAGGUCCUCCUGGUCCGCCCGGCGAGGUCAUCCAGCCACUGCCUGUCCGCUCCCCCAAGAAGACCAAGCGCUCCAGCAACAUGCAGUCCGAUGCAGCCGGUACCUUCAUGGACUACGGCGAGGGCAUGGAGGACAUCUUUGGCUCACUCAACAACCUUAAACAGGAUAUUGAGCGUAUGAAAUACCCAAUGGGCACGCAGAACAACCCAGCUAGAACGUGUAAAGAUCUUCAACUCUGCCACCCAGAGUUCCCUGAUGGUGAAUACUGGAUUGAUCCAAACCAAGGUUGCUCAGGGGAUUCUUUCAAAGUCUACUGUAACUUUACAGCUGGAGGAGAAACAUGCAUUUAUCCGGAUAACAAGUCCAAUGGGGUCAGAAUAUCCUCAUGGCCUAAAGAAGUACCUGGGUCAUGGUACAGUGAAUUCAAGCGUGGUAAAAUACUUUCCUACGUCGACUCAGAAGGCAACUCAAUUAACAUGGUGCAGAUGACCUUCCUCAGACUACUGACAGCCUCAGCUAGGCAAAACUUCACCUACAGUUGCCACCAGUCUGUAGCAUGGCAUGAUGCCACCAGUGACAGCUAUGACAAGUCGCUGCGCUUCCUGGGUGCUAAUGAUGAAGAGAUGUCUUACGAUAACAACCCUUACAUCAAGGCCCUCUCAGACGGAUGUGCGACGAGGAAGGGCUACGGAAAGACUGUGAUGGAGAUUAAUACUCCCAAAAUUGAUCAGGUUCCAAUCAUCGAUGUCAUGUUGACUGACUUUGGAGACCCAAAUCAGAAGUUCGGGUUUGAAGUUGGGCCCGUCUGCUUCCUCGGAUAA